AUGGAGAACAGUAAAACAAAUUACAAGGAAAAUGAAAAGGUUUUGGUAAAUGGAAUGAAUUUUGAGAUACGCCCAAACUGGAAGGAUAAUGACAUUAGUGAAAUUUACAAAUAUAAAUUACCUCCUGAAAAGCAAUUGGAAAAAAGAAUACAAAGGGUAUCUAAGAACUACCAUAAAGCAUCUUCAGAAUAUAGAAAUUACCUAGAGUCACUGAGAUCCGAUGAAAGAGUAUUUUGGAGUCUGUGUAGAAGUGUCUCACCUGUAAGAAGUAAAUCUAAAGAAAAAAGUAAAUCUAGGACUGUUUAUAAAGGUAAGAGUACAGAUGAUUCAAAUAUACAUACAAAAAGUAGUAAAGGUUCAGAUAAUACCAAAUAUCAAACAAAUCAUGAAGCUGGAUCUGGGAUAAAUUUCAGAGGUAGAAGUAAGAGAAUCUACAGUUCAGAAACCAGAAAUGCUUGUUCUCUUCCUCCAAAUUUAGAACAGAAACAAAAAAUUACUUCCAAUGGAAAUUUGGAAACUACUCAAGAUAGAGAAAAUAAUGGAGAAAUAGAUUUAUAUUUAACUUAUGUGAGGUUACAAUCUUGUAUUGAAAAGUAUUCAAGGCAAUUAUACAAUUUAUGUAAAAUGAUGGAUUUGGAUUCGGAAGAUGAGUUCUAUGAAGAUGCAUAUUUCGAAGAAAUUAGCUAUGGAAUUCCUGAUAGAGUUAUCAAAAAUACCCAAGUAGAAGACAAAAAGGGACAUACAGAGAUUUCUGCCAGUUUUGUUAAGACUGAGGAAAAUACAUUGGAGAAUAAGUCCAACACUCAACCUCAAAUUUCAAAUGAAACAAUUAAUGAAACAGCUUCUAAAUGGUCAACAAGACUUAGAGCUAACCAGAAUUCAAGUUGUUCUCCAGGCUUUGAUGCCAAUAAUAAUCCUAUCAGCCCUUCAAUGAAACUCUCUAAAGCCACGCGUUCAAGAUUAUCUCUUAAAGAAAAGAUUUCUAAUAUGAAUCUCUCUGAAAUAAAUAUUAAAAAACAAAUUCACAUUAGCAAUAAUUACAAAGACAAAAAUAUAGAUCCAAUUUUAAAUGCCGAGGAUCAGCCCAUUGCUAAUGUAAUAAUUACGCAAAAUGCUCACAUAUCAAAACAGCCGUUUUCUUCUCUGUUUAAUAUGUAG